CUACAGGCUGAGAGGCAGCUGCUCUUUCACAAUCACUGAGGGACUCGGCGAGACGCGCGUGUUUACCGAGAUCACACUGUGUCCUUGAGCUGAGUCUCUGGAAGCGUGACGGGGAAGUGGGAGAGCAGGACUUCACUGCCAGGAGAGACCAGGUGGCAUCCAUGGGGCGGAGCCCAGCUGUCAUGUGGACCUGCCUGCUGGGGUCCGGACUGACCCUGGCCUUCUGCGUUAUAACCUCCAUGGCUGAGCCCCAACCCCCGCAGCUGAUUGACUGUGUGUUCCGUCAUCGAGCCAACAUCACCUGCCGCUGGGAGGAUGGUGACACCCUGACGACAAGCUACACUCUGCAUGUUGAUUUAAUGUUUGAACCAGGGAACAGACCUAUAAAGACAUUCACCUGCAGCACAUCUGGAACCAGCUGCACAGUGCAGUUCAGCGACUCUGUGAGGAAUCGCUUUUGCAUCACUAUCAUGGCACACAGUCACAACCGGAACAUAUCAUCAAACCGUCGGUGUCAGUCUGGCAGUAUUGAAGUAAUGUUGCCCCCAGUGCCCAUGAGCAGAGUGAAGUCAGUCAGUGGGAGACCUGAGUGUCUGAAUGUAACCUGGAACCGAACCGUGUCGGUCUUUCCUGUGGCUCUCUCUGAAAUCAAAGAUGGGAAACUGUUGUCCCAGAUAAUUUACACAGCACAGGGGCAGUCCGAUGCUCAGGUGAAAAAUGUGAUUGGGAGAGACACAUGGUUCGAGGUUUGUGACUUCAAGCCUGACACUUUAUACACUGUCAGACUUCGUCACAGGUUCCAGAGUCCAAAGAGUCCCUGGAGCCCGUGGAGCAACGCCUGCCAGGGAAGGACAGGAGAGGAUGCUCCAUCUGCAGCACCAGCCUUCUGGAGGCAAGUGAAACAAACAGACAAGGAUGGUUGGAGGCUCGUCUCACUGCUCUGGAAGGCGUUGCCUCAUUUUCUAGCAAAUGGCAGAGUUCUCUUCUUCAACGUGACGUGUCAGACAGAAGGUGCCCAGGACCUGAGUGAUCUUGGGGGCUGUGGAAAUUUGCACCACACAAGUACUUCCUGUAGCUUGCUCCUGCCUGCUGGACGAUGCUCCUGCGCUCUGACAGCCUCCACCUCUGUAGGGAGCUCACCAAAAGCGCGAGUAUGGCUCAGUGGAGCUUCUGAGACAGAGCCACCACCACCGAGCCAAAUCACUGUGAGUCCACUGGGUGACUCGCGCUUGGAUGUUCACUGGACAACCUCAGUCAAUUGGUUAACGGGUGGCUUUGUGGUGGAGUGGUUUGCUGUCAGAGAGAAGAACAGCGGCAUCCUACACUGGGAAAAGCUGAAUAGUUCCUGCACAGGGCUGGUUAUCACCGAAGGAGUGAAGCCGAUGGAGCGCUAUGCUGUUACUGUCAAAGCACUGUACAAUGAACGAGGGACGGGGCAGAGCAGUACAGUGCAAAUUUACACACGCCAAGGAGCGCCCUCAGCUGGUCCUAAAGUGGUGGUGCAGCAGAUCUCAGGCAGCAGAGUGGAGCUCAAGUGGAGUCCUGUACCUGUAGAGCAGCUUCAUGGUUUCAUCCGCAACUACACAAUCUACUACACAACAGCAAACCGACCAGCCAGGAGGGUGACUGUGCCUGGUCAUGCUCUUCGUCACUCUCUGGAGCAUCUGCCAUCUGGUAACUAUAACAUCUUCAUGAAGGCCAACACUGACGCUGGAGCUGGAGCUGCUGGGCCCAUCGCUAAUGUUCACAUAGGCUCCGAGGAAAUCAAGAUAGUGAUAUAUGCCGUCCUUCCCCUCAUCCUGACGUCAGUGGCGCUGGUGCUGAUGGUCUGCCUCGCCCAGAAUAAGAGGGUGAAACAGAAGCUGUGUCAGAACGUCCCCGAUCCUUCUAACAGCACCUUGGCACACUGGACCCCAAAAAUCACUCUAGAGAGUAUGAAGCAGCCUGCAAUGACAGAGAAAACCAACAUCAAAUGCUCUGAAGUUAUUUUGCUUGGUGAAAGUGAGCUGCAGAACUUCGACCCAGACCAGGACCUCACUUAUGAAACAUACUCCUCUCCUCACAAGUCUCUGCUUCCUGAUUCAGGCGCUCAGACACCUCAAAAUACUAGAAGAUCUGAGAAGAAGUAUGUCAAAGCCUCAACUGCCUCCUGCUCCUCUAUCUACUCCAAUGUCGUCUUCUCUCAGGCGCUCGAUGGUGUCCCUUCACCCUACCUGUGCUAUCUCCAAUCCAAUGACUGGCAGCACAGCACUGUUAGUGACAUUAAGCUGCAGCUAGGUGGCGACAGUGAGCCGUAUGUGUCUCUGCAGGGCAGGAGCACCACCAGAUCUGAUUCACCUCUGUCCCAAGCAGAUGAUCUAAAAACCCUCCAUGUUUUUCUGAGACAGCAUCGAAGUCCUGUGUUCUCCCAUUUGUCCUCCGCCCCGCUCUUUCAACCAGCUGUCACGUCACCUCAACACCCUUUUUCCCAAAGCCUCUGUAACUCCGUCCCGUCGCUGCAGCACGACCCCUUCGCUUGCCCCAGUGACACUUUUACGACACCGUUGUCACCUUAUCUCCACUCUGCGUUAGUGGAUUUCUCCUACUGUCCCGUGGAGUGUGAUCCUUACAUCUCCCCUUCUGUUUAAUCUGAUGCAGGAAAAUAAAACUUGGAUUCGUUUUAUUAGUGUCCAUGAAAAUAUGCACACCCCUUUGACUUUUAAUCAAAACUUUAAACUGACUAUCAUACUAAAAUUUUAGAAUUAUUUUAAAUCAGUUUGAUCAAGAGGUGUC